AUGCAGGACUAUUCCACCCGCUUCUGGUCACGGGCACGGCCCGGCGACACGUCCUUUAGCGACUUGCUGCCGAAGCGCGUCGGUCUGGGUGCGGAAAAUGCUGCUGCUGUCGGCCCCACGCCACCCGCUGGGAAGACCGAAGACGUCUUACAGGCAGGCAUCUUUGCCCAACUACCCGCACCUCCGCCCACUCCUGAGCUCCUGGCCAUUCUGAAUGGCACCCUGGCUUUGGCUCCGCCACCUGAGCCGGAGCCUGCUGAGAAGGAGAUUGGCGAGAGCAAGGGAGAUGCGGACAGCACGCCAAUGGUUGGCUUAUCGCUUGGGGAGGGUCCAAACGCCAAAAGUGUGCUUGAUACCGCGGAUUUCGAUGCGGAGGAACGCGCCGAAAAGAAGACGCGGAUCAAGGCAGAGCCGGAGGACCAGGAGGACCGCAAAGAAGACGAGGAAUCCAAGCCGGUCAAAGCGGAGGAAGGCACAGAGACUGCCACGGAGGCAGCUGAGGUCCUGGCCGAGCCUCAGCCUGUGCCGGUGAAGGAGGAGGAGCCGGACCGUGUGCCAGAUGCAACAUGA